GCGGGCGGCCCCGGAAGUGACGCGCAGAGCUGCCAGAAGCGGCGGCGAAGGCGCUUCCGGGUGUCGGGGCCGGCGGCGGUUCCGGCGCGCGCGGAGGUAUCUCCAGACCUUGCCGAGGACCCCGGUCCUCGCCGGCGCCCGUCCCCGUGGCCAUGGCGGAGGCGGUUCACUACAUCCACCUCCAGAACUUCAGCCGUUCAUUGCUGGAGACCCUCAACGGGCAACGCUUGGGCGGUCACUUCUGCGACGUGACAGUUCGUAUCCGCGAAGCCACCCUACGAGCUCAUCGUUGCGUCCUGGCCGCCGGCAGCCCCUUCUUCCACGACAAGCUUCUGUUGGGUCACUCGGCCAUCGAGGUGCCACCCGUUGUCCCCAGCGGGGCGGUGAGACAGCUGGUGGAGUUCAUGUACAGCGGUUGUUUGGUGGUGGCCCAGUCGGAAGCUCUGCAGAUCCUCACUGCUGCCUCCAUCCUCCAGAUCAAGACGGUCAUUGACGAGUGCACCCAGAUCAUCUCCCAAAGCCGCGGUCCCAAGGUGCUGCCCCCCUCCCGCCCGCCCCGUCCUGAAGCUGCUGCGGCGCCCGCCGAACCCUGCCACAAAUCUCUGCCGGUGCCGCCGCCGGCGUUGUUGGACCACGACGUCCGUUUCGGUCCGGCCGAUCCGGCGCCGAGCUGUCAUAGCCGAAAGCAGCGUCAACCGCUGCGGCUUCAACUGCCGGUCAAGGAGGAGGAAGAGGAGGAGGAGGAGGAAGAAGGGGGAGGCGCCGGCGGCGCCGGUGAGGAAGGCUUCAUCCCCCCGCCCUUCGCCGCCGAGGACCCCCCGUUUUUCGGCGCCGCCGAGGUCUUUGCCGACGCCUUCCUGCCCCCGUGGCCCGGUGAGGAUGGGGGCAAGUUCGGGCCCGACUGCAGCCUGGAGGCACCGGGCCGGGUGCCGGUGUUCGGGGCCAAGGUGGGGGGCAACGGUUUUGGCUUCGUGCCGCCUGGGCCGCCGCCGGUGCCGCCGCCGUCGCUCUACGAAGGGGGUGCAGAGGCGGGGCUGAGCGGGGCGGGCGUCCCACCGGCCCCCGAGGCGCCCCAGCCUGGCCCAUCGCGUUGCACCGAGCCUUCCUACCAGUGCGGCCACUGCCAGAAGACCUUCAGCUCCCGCAAGAACUACACCAAACACAUGUUCAUCCACUCCGGUGAGAAGCCUCACCAGUGCUCCAUCUGCUGGCGCUCCUUCUCACUCCGUGACUACCUGCUGAAGCACAUGGUGACCCACACGGGUGUCCGUGCCUUCCAGUGCGGCGUCUGCUGCAAACGCUUCACCCAGAAGAGCUCCCUCAACGUCCACAUGCGCACCCACCGCCCCGAGCGCUUCCAGUGCCGCCUCUGCACCAAGGGCUUCUCCCACCGCACCCUCCUCGAGCGCCAUGCCGCUGCCACCCACCCCGUGCCACCACCGGGCCCACCGCCGGGGCCGCCACCACCUGAAGCUGGGCUGGCAACGUGGCCAGGCGCCGAGGCUGGGGGUGCUGGCCCCGCUCACACGGCAUGAGGGUGCCCCGAGGGGGGGGUCUCUGUCACCCCUGAACUGCCUCGGGGGUGGGCUUUGGGGCAACCCCAUGCCCAUGGAUGAGUCCCCAGGGCUGUCUCAGCACCCUGGGGUGAAACUUGGAGGACUUUGACCCCAGCCAUGGAUUUGAUGCCCUGGAUGGACAGACGGAGGGAGAUGGGGUCCAUCCCGCUUGUCCCCUCCCAGCGACAUGGUUUCCAUCCCCCCAAACCGCGGUGGUGGGGGUGGUUAAACAGACUUAAUGGCGCCGGCAGGUGGUGAAAAUCAACACGCGGGUUUUAAGGACCAUUUUAGUGCCGUUAUUGCGGGUUUUUUACCUAAAAGUUCUCCCCCCUCCUCACUGCUUGCCCACGUGACAU